AUGGUUGAACAAAAAGUACGACCUUUAAUUGAUCUCUAUUUGCAGUAUCCGAUAACAUAUCUUUCAUUAUCGGAUUUGUACACAUAUGAAGUUAUUAUAUUACUUAUCUAUGGUAUUAUAGUAAUAUUUUCUUUUUGUACGAAUUUUAUUGCCAUAAUUAUUUUUACAUUUGGUCGCCGUUCACGUUCUGAAUUAUCACCAUUUUUGCUCAAUUUAUCUGUAUUUAAUAUAAUAAUGACUGUUUAUUGUAUACCAUUUACCAUAACUUCACUUAUAUUUCAACGUUGGUUAUAUCCACGUGCAUUAUGUAUUGUACUUGAUGUUUUUAAAACAUUUUCUGUAUCAGGUGUAUUAUUAACAUUAAUAGCAAUAGCCAUUGAUCGUUACUGUGCUGUCAAAUAUCCAUUAGCAAUUAAAAUCUAUUCUGUACAUAAAAGAAAUUUAAUAGCAUUAUUAAUUAUAUGGCUAUUAAGUAUUGCUUUAGCCAUACUAUGGUCACCAGCAAGAUCGUUGCCAAUGCAAGAAAAACGUUUAUGGGUUAAUUCUCGUUCAUUAUUAAAAAGUUAUAUUGGUUCAAUUGAUAAUGUAACAGAUACAUCGAAAUCAGAUUAUUUAUUAAAAAGCCUACAUUAUCAACUUGUUGAUACAAUUCAAUGCGUACCAAAUAAAAAUCAACGACCAGUUGAAGUUCGACGAACCAUAUUAAACUUUUUACAAACAUAUUUUUUUCCAUUAUUUAUUCUUGGUUUUGUUUAUCUACGUAUAGCAGCUAUGUUAUGGAGGCGUUCUAAUGAUGGAAAUAAUGAUCUUAAUGGUACAACAAUAAUAACAAAUAAUUUAUUUACUCAUGAAAGCAUACAAUUCAAAAAGAAAUUAAAACAAGGUAUAAAAAUGUUACUUACUGUUGUUAUUUUAUAUGCUGUACUUUGGUUACCUAUGAAUGUGUUUCAAUUAUGUCUUAACUUACUUUGUUAUCAAAGAGUACAAUAUCACAACUUUUGUAGUCAUGGAACAUUACUUCAACUCCUUUACAUAGCAUCUCAUUUUUUAACUGUAUCAAAUACAGCUAUCAAUCCUAUUAUUUAUGGUUUUGCUAAUAUUCGUUUUCGAAGUGAUAUUCGACAAAUAAGACAUUGUAUUCUUCAUUGUCAAGGACGAACAUCAUUUUAUUAUCGUACGAGAUUUGCAAGAACACCUUCACAUGAACUUCGAAAUUUGUCAUCAAUCAAUAGGAAAUAA